AUGUCCAUCGACUUUACUUGUGAAGAGACGACUACAGAAGACACUUCUGCCAUGGAAGACGUUACUACUGAGACUGAUCGCUCUUCAGAUUCCAUCUACUCAUUACCACAGAGUGUUCAUCUUCCAUCACGGAAUCUUGGCUAUAACUGUAUAUUAGUUAGUAUAUCAAGCUUUGUAAUUGGUAUUUUCGGCCUAGUGGAUUCUAAUCAUAAAUACAAUCCCGCAAUGGCUAUUGCCGUUAAUGUUUGGGGAGCGAUCUUGUAUAUUCCAAGCGGAUAUUAUUCUAUUAUUAGUCAAAAAAAUGAAACCAAGCCCCAUUUGCUACACUGCUUCUACUUUUUCUCCCUUAUUACGUUGAUCACAUCAUCUAUCCAACUUGGUAUUAAUCUAUCAUCAAACUUGAAUCUUAAAAAUUCUGAAGUCCGAGAAUCAACUCUGUGGUUCAAUGUUGUUUCGGCUAUCAUUGGAGUAAUUCAGUUUAUAACAGGAAGUUGUUUUAUCUAUAUGCUUACGAAACAUGUUUAUGGCCCUGCUGCAAUCAAAGCAAAAUUGCCCUCACUGUAUUUUAGCCUUCAAUUAGUAUGCACCGAAUUCGGUAUGUACGUGUACAGCUCAGUGAGGGCUACCGAACAGCAUCAAUUUGGUGGAGGAACGCCAUUACUUGUUGGAGAAAAGGAGAAAUGGCGAUUUUGUGCUGCAAAAAUCUGA